GUGUGAGAGCGGCACCAUCCACGCGCCGGACAGCGAGCGCGGGCGUAUUUACAAUUAGAUCCCUGGGUCGGGUCUUGUCUACAAAAAGGUGCCCUCCUCCCCUUCUUUCCAACAGCAAAGGGGCAAAAGGGAGCGGAGAUCCUUUGCGGAUACCCCCCUCGAAAUAUCUUCCCUUUACGUUUUAGUCUCUCGUCCUCUUCCGCCGCGACCGCCGAGAUGGGCUCGGAGCUUAUCUAUCGAGGCCAUGAUCACCAGCCCCAGGAGGGCGCCGGCGGGUACUCGCCGAAGCCCCUGAAGCAGUGGUGGUGGAUCUCGAGGCCACUCCGCUACCUCCUCCGCGAGCAAAGGCUCCUCUUUGUGCUCGUCGGAAUGGCCCUAGCCACCCUCGUCGUCUUCCUUCUACCCCGGGCUUCACCGGCCGCGGGAUCCGCCAUCGGAGCCCACCUCAUGGUCGACCUUGCCCGUCGCUCCACCGCCGCCGUCGGCGGCGGAGGGCACUACAGCCACCGGACGGCGCUCCCGGCGAGAGGAUUUGUCGGGGGGAAGGUGCCGCUGGGGCUGAAGCGGAAGGGUCUGAGGAUCGUGGUGACCGGCGGUGCGGGAUUCGUCGGGAGUCAUCUCGUGGACCGUCUGAUUGCUCGCGGGGACAGCGUAAUCGUGGUGGAUAACUUCUUCACCGGGAGGAAGGAGAAUGUGAUGCACCACUUCGGAAACCCUAACUUCGAGCUCAUCCGCCAUGAUGUCGUGGAGCCGCUCCUCCUCGAGGUCGACCAGAUCUACCACCUCGCCUGCCCGGCUUCUCCCGUCCACUACAAGUUCAAUCCCGUCAAGACUAUCAAGACCAACGUAGUCGGAACUCUCAACAUGCUCGGCCUCGCCAAGAGGGUCGGCGCCCGUUUCCUUCUCACCAGCACCAGCGAAGUCUAUGGCGACCCUCUCCAACACCCCCAGGUUGAGACCUAUUGGGGCAAUGUCAAUCCCAUUGGUGUUCGGAGCUGCUACGACGAGGGCAAGCGUACGGCCGAGACUUUGACCAUGGACUACCAUCGCGGUGCCCAAGUUGAGGUGAGGAUUGCUCGGAUCUUUAACACAUACGGGCCUCGCAUGUGCAUCGACGAUGGCCGAGUCGUCAGCAACUUCGUGGCCCAGGCGCUGAGGAAGGAGCCAAUGACGGUAUACGGGGAUGGGAAGCAAACCAGAAGUUUCCAGUACGUCUCAGAUCUGGUCGAGGGGUUGAUGAGGUUGAUGGAAGGGGAGCACGUUGGGCCAUUCAACCUUGGGAAUCCUGGUGAAUUCACAAUGCUCGAGCUCGCCAAGGUGGUGCAAGAGACAAUUGACCCCAAUGCCCGGAUCGAGUUCCGGCCCAACACCGAGGAUGACCCCCACAAGCGCAAGCCUGACAUCAACAGGGCGAAGGAACAGCUUGGCUGGGAGCCUAAGAUCGCCCUCCGCCAGGGCCUUCCUCUCAUGGUCUCUGACUUCCGCAAGCGAAUCUUUGGCGACCACACGGGCUCUGAUGCCACCACCACUGGAACCGGCACUGCUUGAGAAUCUUCUCUCUCCAUUUCAUUAGUCAAUUGAGGAUCUGAUCCAUGAUACACUCCAAGAAAGAAUAGGAGAGAGAUCAGUUCCAUUUACAUUUAUAUUCUUGAUGACCUGGCUUAUUGUUCCUCUAUUUUUAGCCCUUUUAUCUACUACCGCUGCAGGUUGAGGAGAGCCAACUGCAGAAUAGUAGUUUCAGAACCUUUCAUUAGCAUAUUCUUCUCUCCCAUUUUUAAGUAAUUUUUCUCUUUGAAUGUUGAAGCAGGUAUUCCUAGUUACUUGUUAUUGCGUUAUAAAUAUAGAUGUUUUGUUUCUUUCACGGAA